AUGAGUUCUGACCCGGCUACGGAUUUAUGGUUGGGGUCUAUGAGUUUUGGUGUCGUCGCCGGCGGCGGGCUCAGAUCCCGCAGUGCUGAUGAUGUCGCGGAGGAUGAUGAAGCUGAUAUAGUUUGGCUCGAUGAAGACUCGGACGAUGAACACAGCAUCGACCCCGGGGUGAAUUUAGAUAGCAAGCUUCUCCAUUUAUUACUCAGCCACUCUUUCGCCACGAACACUUCCCCAUCCUCCCUGGCCCCGCCUUCCCUCGCCGUCGCCAUCCUCCACUCGCCGGCGGUGACGUCGCCAUCACAGCGCCGCCGCCUUCCCAAAACCAAGCCAUCAGCCGGCAUCUUUCAUCCUUUUCGUCAAUUCGUCGUAGUCUCGCUGGAAUUUCGCCCUGCCAGGCUGCCAUCGCUCUCUCUCCGUCGCCCUGGAAAGUCGUCUCACUCGCGCUUCAGACUCAUUCCAUCCCAUUCCAUUUCCUUGUUCUCGCCCGAUCUUCAACUGCCUUCACUGCCGCAGAAGUAG